AUGAAUUUAUUAUUUUUUCGCCAAUUUUUAGUUAAAACUUUAAAAUUAAUUAAAGCAAAAAUGAUUCCAGUAAAUCAACAACAACAAUCUUUGGGUUCUCCUAUACAUUUUAAACCAAAAUUUGGAGGAAAUUUUCUUCAAUGUCUUUGUACAGACCCUUCCCACACAGUUUUAAUUUUUGGAAAACAAACAAAAUUAUUUUUAAAUGGAGUUUUUUCUUUUCAAGUUUUAUAUGGAUAUAUUAAUGUUAAUGGGUAUUUAUUUUCUCCAAAAAAGUAUAAUUAUUCUAAUUAUGUUAAAGUUGCUAUUCCUUGUGGAUAUUUACCUGCAACAUUUUCAAUUAACGACAAAUUAUCAACAGAAUUACAUUUUGAAAGAAUACAAAGUCGGUUGCGUGAAUUUGUUAAUGAUCCUAAAAAAGCUGAAAAUUUUAUUGAAAAUAAUAAGCCUAUAGCUAUUGUUUUAAUUAAAACGAGAAUGGAUAAUGCUUCGAGAUUUAUACAACAACAAUUGAAUAAUUCCUCUGAUGUUCUAAAUAUAUUUCCACAAUUUGGGAUUCAAUUAGGGAUGAAUUUAUGUUAUUUAAAUGAUCAAAUGAAUGCAAGAGAUGUUGAAGGAUUAGAAACUUUAGAGAAAGAUUAUUAUUCUGUUUGUGAAAAAAUAUAUAGAUUUGUUGAAAGUGAAAAAAAAUGUAUCGCUUUUAUAUCUGGAAAUAAAGGUGUUGGGAAAUCAACAACUUCACGUUUUGUUAUUAAUGCAUUAAAUACAUAUUCACUUCUUCACCCAUCAAAGCCUUCUUGCAGAAUAUUUUUGUUAGAUACAGAUGUUGGUCAAUCAGAACUUUCCCCAGCUGGAUGUGUUUCUUUAUGUGAAAUUAAAAAGCCUUUAAUUGGUGUUCCUUUCACUUCACAAUUACCAUCACUUCCAAAAUCUUUAUUUUUUGGUUCUAAUUCUCCAGCAAUCGACACAGAUUUUUAUAUUAAAUUAAUUGGUUAUUUAAUUGAUUAUUUUAAUAAAAUGAUAAAAGAGGAUUCAAAUAAAGACGAUAAUUUUGUUUUAAUUGUUAAUUCGUUGGGAUGGAUUACAGAUCUCGGUUAUGAUUUAAUGCUUCGUGUUUUAAAUACAGUAAAGCCACACUUUUUGGUAAAUUUGGAAACAAAUAAUGACAUUAAUUUUCAAAUUCCAAAUAAUUAUCGAAGAUUUACAAUAACUACUAGAAAAAGAGAAAGUGCUAUUUUCACAAAUUCCAAACACCCAACUUCGGCACAACUUCGAAAUUUUCAAAUGGCUGGUUAUUUAGCACAAUUAUUUACACAAGAAAGAUCUUCAAUUGAAAGAAAUCAAAAUAAUGCUUUAAAACUUGCCGAUUUGCCAGCUUAUCGUGUUCGUUUUUGUUCUGUUUCAAUUUAUAUUCAUCCGGAGUUUAGAUAUGUAGAUGAUAAAUUAAUGUUGUGUGCUUUAAAUUGUUCUUUUGUUGCUCUUUGUAAAAUUGAGGAAGGAUUUGAAAGGAAUUUUGAGAAAAAACAUCUUCUGGAUGACUCUUCUCUUCCAUCUCGAUUAGAAUUACUUUCAGAUGAAGUAAAUACAGAAGAAUCAAUUAGUGGUGGAGAAAUUAACGAAGAAAUAAUUCCUUUAGAGAGAAAUAUCCAUCCAAUGCUUAAAUGUUUUGGUUUUGGAUUAAUUAGAGCAAUAAAUCCUCAAAGAAAAUUAUUUUAUGUUUUAACGCCAAUUGAACAAAAAGUUCUUCAUCAAGUUAAUGUUUUUGCUUUAGGUCAUUGUUUAAACACUCCAGAUAUGUUACUUUUUGAUCCAAAUGUUGGUAGCCCAGCCCCUUACAUUGUUGAACUAGAUUCUGGAUUACAAAUUCAUCAUAAGAAGUUCUUUUCACCAUUGAGGAGUGAUGUAGUUGUCCAAAAUGGAAAUAAACCUUGCUGA